AUGAAAGAGGAGCUCCCUGGUCUCUCCGAGAUAGUACUUAUUGGUUCAUAUUCGUCAGACCUUUUCACAGAUUUUAUUGGAAGAUGUCAACAAACUUAUCGCAUCUCUAUCAAAUAUGCUCAAGAACAACAGCCAAUGGGCACUGCCGGCGGUUUGGUAGCUCACAGAGAACUAAUUCUUAGAGAUUCACCUGAAGCACUAUUUGUUAUCAACGGUGAUGUAUGCGGUGAUCUACCUGUAGAUGAAAUGGUCGAAAGAAUCGCCGCUUUGCCAGACGACAGUUGUUUACUUCUCACAACCGAGGCGACUCGAGAACAGAGCGGUAAUUUUGGAAAUGUAGUUAUUGAUAAUACUGGACGCAUUGUUCAUUAUGUGGACAAACCAACAACGUUUGUUUCUACGCACAUUUCUUGUGGAGUUUAUUUGAUGAAAACCAGCGUAAUACAGGGACUGCAACUAGAUACGUCCAAAAAUCUAUGGUUUGAAACUGACUUAUUCCCCAGAAUGGCGUCUAAUGGUAAAUUAUUUGCGUUACACACAACUCGUUGGUGGAGUCAAACGAAAACAGCAGCGGCUGUUCUUUAUGCUAAUCGACAUUAUUUACGCUUAUUUAAAAAGAGAUAUGCAGCUCGCUUGUGUAAGGAUCGGGCACAAAUUGUUGGUGAUGUGUUCAUUGAUCCCAGUGCUGAGGUGGAUAAAUCGGCUAAAAUAGGACCGAAUGUUAGCAUAGGACCUAAUGCGAAGAUUGGGAAAGGAGUCAGAAUUAAGGAGUCUAUUAUCCUUGCUGAUGCAGUUGUCAAUGAGCAUGCUUGCGUUUUGCAUUCCGUCAUUGGUUGGCGCUCUGUAAUAGGAGCAUGGUCCCGUGUAGAGGGGAUUCCCCUUGCACCCAAUCCAAAUCUUCCUUUUGCAAAGCUUGAAAAUAAGCCACUUUUCUUGUCGGAUGGCCGCCUUAACCCAUCACUUACCAUCUUGGGAUCAGAUGUUUCGAUUGCACCAGAAACGAUUGUUUUGAAUUGCGUUGUUCUUCCUUACAAAGAAUUAUCUUGUAGUUACAAAAAUCAGAUAAUACUAUGAUU